UCACUGGGUAAAUUAGCGAUAGCAUCGUUGACAUUUCAUUCGUUUCAUUAGUCUAUCUUGAAUCAACUAAAAACAGCAUCGUUAAAAACAUUAAACAACAUUGAUUUGUGUGACAUAGUUAAUUGCAGCUAAAUAAUCUUUCGAAAUGGCUUUGGCUAUGCAAAAACGGAACAACGUGCGGCUACCUCCGGAGGUGAAUCGGGUUUUAUAUGUUCGAAAUCUUCCGUAUAAGAUCACUUCUGACGAGAUGUACGAUAUUUUCGGUAAAUACGGUGCUAUUCGACAAAUCAGAGUGGGUAAUACUCCGGAAACGCGUGGUACUGCCUUUGUGGUGUAUGAGGAUAUAUUUGAUGCCAAGAACGCCUGUGAUCACCUCUCUGGAUUCAAUGUUUGUAAUCGAUAUCUGGUGGUACUUUAUUACCAGUCGACAAAAGCCUUCAAGAGAUUGGACGUGGAUAAGAAACAGGACGAGCUCGACCAGAUGAAGGCGAAGUAUAAUAUUAAUUUCGACGAGUAAAAGUUAACAUAGUUUUUAUUUAUAAGCAUAGGCGAUACGAAUGAUUAAACAUUAUUUCAUAAGCUUACGAUUGUAUGUCAAUAAACUUUGUAACAAUCAUCUCUAAAACCUAAA